UUGACUCAGUCCCUCCAGCUGAGUGACCAACUACACAUGCUCUUGCUGACACUAUGUGAAGAUCUGCCACACAAAAGACUUUCUCCUGAGUCAAUUCUGGAAGCAUGUGAGGCACAUCAGAAAGAAGCUGCUUUCUUACCAGCCAAUGUCUAUAUAAGAAAAAUGGUCCAGUUUGCUGUGGGAAGUGUCAGUGAGGUAGAGCGGGUAGUCAACGAAGACAGCACAGCCUCUCAGCUUAACAGAAGUCAUGUGAUAAGGAAAAGGCUGCAUGAGAAAAUAUCGGACAGCUCACCACUGUACUCCCAGAUGAAUUUUCACCAAGACAAAGGGUCCAGAUUAAUGAAUUACAGUCAAUCAACAGAAGAUUACAGACAACUCUCUGUGGACUACAGUGACUCUAAUAGUAUUUCUGAAAGUACAUCUUUGAUACUGUCUAACCGAGGACACAGGAGAGGGAGAGUUCCACAGACACACCGGUCAUGGGACCCCACCCUUAGUGGGUCAAGGACAGAAAGUAGCUACAAGCUCUUCAUAAACAGAUCAGUCAGUGCUGUAGAAGAAAUCCCUACUGGAAUUAAGAAGAACAGCAGACAGAACCUGCUAAGUUUAGGUUCCACCUUCUCUGUGUCUACAAAGGACUACACAGCAGCUGCUGCAUCACAGAAAUGUUUGUUCCACAGGAAGGAAAAGUUUUCAGGUCCAGAAUUUGUUAUUUUGUCUAGUGAACCACCAGUGACCUUACAGCUGCCUGGAUCAAUUGUGACUAAAAAAGGGAAAUCCUAUUUGUCCCAGAGGGAUCUCAAUGUGAUUCUACUCAAUGGGCAGUGCCUUGAGGUGCAAUGUGACAUCAAGUCCAAGGCAAGAGAUGUUUUCAACACCGUGGUGGCAUAUGCAAACUUGGUGGAACAUUUCUACUUUGGCUUGGCUUACCUGAAAGGUAAAGAAUUCUUCUUUUUGGAUGAGGAGACCAAACUCUACAAAGUGGCCCCAGAUGGCUGGAAUGACCAACCCAAGAAGAAAACAUCCAUCAUUAAUUUCACACUCUUUCUAAGGAUAAAAUUCUUUGUCAAUCACUUUAAUAUUAUCCAGCAUGGCUUGACAAGGCAUCAGUUUUAUCUUCAGCUUCGUAAAGAUAUUUUGGAGGAGCGAUUGUAUUGCAAUGAUGAGACUGCUCUGAAACUUGGUGCUUUGGCUUUACAGGCAGAGCUUGGCAAUUAUGCUCCUGAGAUGCAUGGGAAAAGCUAUUUUCGUGUUGAAGACUACGUUCCAGCAAGCAGAAUAGAGAAAAUGACCCUGGCACAUGUACAGAGGGAGCUUGCUAAAUUACAUCGUAUGAAUCGUUCCCUAUUUGAGGAUGAAGCUGAACUAGAAUUUUUAAAGGUGACUCAGCAACUUCCUGAAUAUGGAGUCUUAUUCUACCGUGUGUCCCAAGAGAAGAAAGGAGCAGCAGGGGACAUCAUCCUGGGAAUCUGUGCCAAAGGCAUCAUUGUUUAUGAGGUUAAAAAUCAAACAAGAAUUGCCAGUUUAAGAUUCCAGUGGCGUGAAACAGAGAGAAUUUCAGCUCAUAGAAAAAAGUUCAUGAUUGAAAGCAACUUCAGUGGCAAGAAACACACCUUCAUUACCGAUACAGCAAAGACAUGUAAAUAUCUACUGGACCUCUGCUCUGCCCAGCACAAAUUCAAUGCACAGAUGAAUUCUAGGCAACUUCGGCAGACAUCAUCAGAGGAAAGUAAAUUUGUGGAAAUAGACAAAUCAAAUCCUGCAUAUGCAGCUCAACAUGAACACCUUGCCCUGAUUCAGAGAUUGUCUCGUUCAGAGAAUGUGCUCUAUGGAGCAAACCUGGAAAAUCUUUCUGCUGGGAUGAUGAGCAAAUCUUGUGAUAACCUCAGUGUGGAAACCAGCAACAGGACUAGACACAAAAGCAGUCUCGGCAGAUCCACAUCAGGACUAUCCCAGUCAGAAAUGCACAUCAAUUUGAAUGGAAAGCAUAGGAGUUAUGACUACCUGUCUAUCCAUUCAACUCAGAACACAAUCAGUGCACCUGGAUCACCAGCCAUCCAAAAGGAAGUUUUACUAAGUGGUCUAGAAAGGGAAAUAAUCUGUGUCAACCUAAAACGUGACACUAAGAAUGGAUUUGGUUUUGUAAUUAUUGGAGGAGAAAAUGUAGGAAAAUUAGACCUCGGUAUCUUUAUUGCUUCAAUUAUCCCUGGGGGACCUGCAGACAGAGCUGGAAAUAUCAAACCAGGAGGACGACUCAUCUCUGUGAAUAAUACUAGUCUUGAGGGCGUUUCAUUUAAUACUGCAGUUAAAAUCAUACAGAAUUCUCCUGAUGAAGUGGAGCUCAUCAUCUCUCAACCCAAAGACAUAUGUGAAGAAGGACUAAAUGAAGAAAAGAAUCUAUCAAGAGGAAACAGCACUAGUGGAUCUGAGAUCUCUUGUGCAGACAACAGGAGAAAAAAGAUUCAGGAUUGUCAUACAGUCCUCCCCAAAGAACAGGACAUAAAUGUAGAUGAACUUGAGAAGGCCCUUUCCUGGAGUUUAGUACCAGAUUUGGGCUCUAGGAUUCCAGUUCCUUCAGCUGAUAGCCUGGAUGUGGAGGAAGCUGAUUCUUCGCACUUACCAUCUCCAUCUGAAACUAACUCAAAGGAAAUUUAUACUGUGGAGCUUGUUAAAGAAGAUGGAACUUUUGGAAUCAGUGUGACUGGUGGAAUUAACACUAGCGUACGCCACGGUGGGAUAUAUGUGAAGUCAAUUAUUCCCACGGGACCAGCUGAUAAGAAUGGACAAAUAAAGAUAGGUGAUCGUCUCCUGGAAGUAGACGGCAUCAGCCUCUGUGGCAUCACUCACAAACAGGCUGUGGAACACCUGAAGAAGUCUGGCCAGAUUGCCAAGCUGGUUCUAGAACGGGGAAACUACCAAUCAGCAGAGCCAUGCCUGACUGCUAAUACCAGAAAGGAGGACCACUGUGCAGUUGUUUCUGUAGCAACAUCCUUCACAGAUGAUAUCAAGGACUACUGCUUUUUGACAGAUGAUAAUAUAUUUGAAGUCAAAUUAAUAAAGAAUUUGGGAGGCCUUGGCUUUAGUGUUCUGCAAAUGGAAGGAGAUGGUUGCGAACACCUCGGAGGAUCUAUCAUCAGGAUCAAAAGACUGUUUCCAGGGCAGCCAGCUGAAGAGAAUGGCGAAAUCAAAGCGGGAGACAUCAUUUUAGCUGUGAAUGGGAAGCCUAUUCAAGGACUCCUGUAUCAGGAUGUCUUGCACUUGUUGAGAGGAGCUCCUUCAGAAGUCGUACUACUACUUUGCAGACCACCAAAAGGUGUUCUUCCAGAAAUAGAGCAGAGUGCCAUGACUCCAGCACCAUCUCCAGUUAAGGAGUUUGUGGCAGAAACGCCAGGCAGUACAGAGUUAGGAAACAGUAUGGAUCAGUCAACCAGUGAUGGAGGUAGCACCUCUCCAGACCUCGAAGACUGCCUGGAUUCUCCAGUGGCAGCAGAUUUCAGUGAGCCUCCUGAAGAGGACAGUUCAACUUACGAAGAGCAGGAAGCUGAACUUCCAGAGAAGCCCAUACAGAAACUUAUGACUUCCAGGGAACAUUUCUAUAAGCAUCUUUGGAAGUUUCAUCAAGAAGCUGCCAAUUCUGAAGUCUUUCACUCCCUCGAGGAAGAAAUGAAGGAGAACUGCUACUCACCAUGUGAAUUUGGACGGGCCAAAAGCUCAACAUCUGUGACCUCACUUUCACAUGGAGGAAGCUCUGAGACACUCUCCACAACUAUGGUGACCCCACAACCACGUGUCUAUGGUCCCUUCUCAUCAUCCAUGCCAGCUAGAGAGACACAUGACAGUGACAAUGAAUGGGAAGACUUGGAGGAACUAGAAGAAGAGAAGAAAGAAAAGGAAUAUUGCACUAAGGAAAUGGAGAUCUUUGUGACUUUGAUAAAGUCAGAGAACAACGGUUAUGGAUUCUCUGUAGUUCUUAACAAAGUGGACUCUUGCCUCUAUGUUGAUGAAAUCUUGAAUGAUCCUGCCCUGUCUGAUGGAAGAUUAAGAAGGGGAGACAGAAUCAUUAUGGUGAAUGGAAUUGAUGUCACAUCUUUACCAUGCAAUCAAGCCCUGACUUUACUGCAAAGCUCCCCUCCUGAUCUGCACCUUGUGGUUGGUCGUGCUCACAGUGAUCCACGUCCCUCUAUUAGGCCAGAUGAGAUUCCUGAAAUUACUCUCACCAAAGGUGCCAAUGGACAGCUAGGGCCACCUGUUGAGACAGAGAAAGCCAGUAUUUCUUUCUCAAAUGAAAACCUGAAUUCCCAAGAACAGCAUCUGCUGCAUCAACAUGAGAAACAUUUGGAGGAAACAAACUGUGAUGCUGAGCAAGACACUCCUGAUUCUCCAGAAUGUAAGGACUUCAUUAUUAAGGUUGAGCUGGAAAAAGCAGAAAAUGGAAGCCUAGGAUUUGCACUCGUAGGUGGAAGAAAUGGCAGGGCUAUCCUAAUAAAAGCCAUCAGCCCAGACAGCAUUGCAGACAUAGAUGGAAGGCUUCAAGUUGGUGACAUCCUACUCAAGGUGAAUGAGACUUUUGUGUCUGGCCUGCCACGCCAAACAGUUACGGAUUUGCUGCGCAAAGCUCAAGGCACUGUUCAACUCACUGUGUGCCGAAGGAUGGCUUUGCAUUGGGCUUACACAGGCAAUCAAAGCAAGAGUAUACCUUUCCCUCCAAACACAAAAGCAGAGCAUGAUAGUGCAGAGGGAAGCCUGCAAGCUCAUCCUGUUCUCACUUUCAAGGAAGGAGAAUCGCACCAGAUGUGUACCAAGGAUUUAGAUAGCAUACACAGUUCCCUUCUGCAAGGUCAGCUGGCUGGACGAGACUGUAAGGAUAUAAUCAGUAACAUUUCAGACAGGUCCCAGAAAUAUGCCAAAUGUGAAGGCUGCAGAACAGAGACUCAGCAGCCUGUGGCAGACAACCGGAAUGAUGAAGACAAUGAUAUGCCCCACAGGAUUUCUGUUCUACCUAGAAGUAGAACCUUUGCUUCUGGAGAUGAACUGACUCACUUAAUUAACUUUAAACCAUCACUGGCUGGAAUAGGUCCAACAACUGGCAUCACAGGUCUUAUUCGAGGCCUUCAGUUUCGGAUUGAGACUCAGGAGGUGUUAAAGGAGUUUGUGGCUUUAGAAUGUUUGAAACCAAUAGAUGACUGCAGAACUGGCAAAGCACCAGAAAACCGGGAUAAAAACAGAUACCGAGAUAUUCUUCCAUAUGAUAGGACACGAGUUCCUCUGGGAGAAAAGAAUGGCUACAUUAAUGCAAGUUAUAUUAGAAUGAAAGUUGGAGGAGAUGAACAUUUCUAUAUUACAACCCAAGGGCCUUUGCCAUCCACUGUGGCUGAUUUCUGGCAAAUGGUCUGGGAGAGUGAAUCAGAUGUGAUUGCCAUGAUGACAAAAGAAGUGGAGCUAGGGCAAAUCAAAUGUCACCGGUACUGGCCUGAACCUCCCCAUGACUCUAUAGACCUGGCUAAUUUCCAUCUCAGGCUAGACGAUUACCAGAUCCUGGACUACUUCAUAAUUAGAACAAUAGAAAUGAUCAACAAGCAGACAGAAGAGAAGCGCAUUAUAAGUCAUUUGCAGUUUAUCACUUGGCCAGACCAAAAUACUUCCGAACUGCCUGAGCAGCUUGUAAAAUUUAUUUGUUACAUGAGAAGAGCUCACAGCACAGGACCUAUUGUUGCUCACUGUAGCACUGGCAUUGGAAGAAGUGGAGUUUUGCUGGUUGUUGAAGUUCUGCUCAGCUAUAUAGAAAAAGAUUUAUCUUUCAACAUCAAGCAGAUAGUGAGAGACUUGAGACAUCAGCGAUUUGGCAUGAUCCAAACAAAGGAUGAGUAUUUAUUCUGCUAUGAAGUUGUGCUGGAAGUCCUUCAGAACCUUCAAGCAAUGGAUUCCGACUGACUGCAAUAUGACUCUUCCCUGUUGCUGUUCCUGUUGGACUCCAGGGACCCCUCAGUAAUUGCUUUAAAGCAAUGUCAAGCCAGCACAGACAAGUGGUGUAUUACAUGCUUUGUUAGAUUACUCUGAUUUCUAAAGCAUUUCAAAACCUUGCUUAACAUGUCCUUGGUAAGUCAUUUAAGUCUUGGCACACAGUUUGGCGAAACAGCCAACCAGUGCUGCAACAGUGCUGUUAAAUUAAAAUGAGAUUUGCGUGCUCUGUAAAAUAACAUAUGAAUAGUUUGGAAAAUAUUUUGGGACUGUGACAAGGAGAUAGAAGCUUUUGGAAUUAGUUCCACUUUCCGAAGGCAACUAUGAAAAUCUAAGGUUCUUAUGGUGGUGGUGGAAGGUUAGUUGUCCCUUACAUAUUGUUGUGCACUACUGGUUUCUGGACUGCAAAUCAGCAUUUUCUACAGUAGUUAUGCUUUUAUGUGGAAGGACUCAAUUUAUUUAGCUUUGGUUGCUUGAACAAUGUAGAAUCAUUUCCAGUCAUCACUCCAGCCCAGGAAUUUAUACCAAGAAGCUGACAGAAAAGUAAGAUGCCUUUAAAACCUAGUUGUUUCUCUUCAAAGCAUAAAGAGUGUUCUAAUAAUCGGAUAGAAUAUUAUUUUUUUCCCAGCAAUAUGAACAUCUUUAAACAGCAUCAGUAUUCUUUCAUUCUGCAUCCAUGUAAAAAGGAAUGCAAUACAAAGCCAGAUGAAAGGACUGUGUGUGCAUUGUGGCACACAUUUACAUUUCAUCUUCCACUUAUCAUUUUCAUUAACUAUCUU